UCUUCAUUUUGAUUUACAACCCAAGUUUCUAUUAUGUUUCCUUGAUUAAAUACAGAUUUUCAAAGUUGUGGUAUUCUUUUUGAAUCACUCUGUAUAUUGAUUUACUAUAUUUAUGUUGAUUCGAUUGAUCGAUAUGUGGACAGGGCCCUACAGGGCCAACGAUAACCGACCAGAAGUCUGACGUGAAGAAGGACGUGGCUGACAUCAAUGCUGCUUCCCAGAAGGACAAAAUCGAUUUGCGAAAAAUCAUCGAUAUUUUGACCAAACGAACCGCCAAGCAGCGAAUUGCCAUCAAAAACAGGCUUACAACACCACCUAUAAACAGUCUCUACCAGCCACCCUAUCGGGCAUCUCGGACGGUAAACUGAAGUUUUUGCUGAUGAGACUGCUUUAUUCUCCGGCCGAAUAUGCGGCGAGAACCAUCAGAUUUUCGCUAAAAUUUGACCAAGAUUGGUCCUACAUGAGUGUUCUAUGCACCACCAAUGCUGAUCAGCUGCAUAAAAUUGUCGAUACUUACAAACGAGUUUACAAUCAGGACUUAGUUGAUGAGCUUAACCAAAAAAUGAAAAUAGAUUCAGGGAAAAAAUUCUUGAGGCAAAUGAUAGAGCAAGUAACUGGUGAGGUUCAAAACGGACGUCCUGUCAAUGGCUCAGAUCCGAAUAAAUUUGAUAGUCAAAUGGGCUGUAUUCCAACUAAAGGAGGACAUUGUUCAAUUGAUAAGAACGGAGACCUGUUCAAUUUGCUGACAUUGAACAGCUUUCAGCACAUCGGUCAAUUCAUGGAGUAUUAUUACAACCACAAUGACCAGCACCAAGCUGUCUACGAUUUGAUGAGUGAAAACUGUGGCGAAGGCGAGACCAAACAGGGCUAUUUGAAAAUACUGAGAUUUGCAUUUGACCCGGUGGCGUAUUCAGCGGUAGAACUGUACGACGGUCUGACGUCACAGCGUGACAGUCGCGAUGGAAUGGAUCGCAUCAUCAUAUCGAGGAGUGAAGUCGAUUUGUUCGACGUGCAGAACUCUUUCUUUCUCAUCUACGACAAUGCCACAGUAGCGGCUACUAUUGACGAUCCUACAGGGCCAACGAUAACCGACCAGAAGAAUGACGUGGAGAAGGACGUGAAUGACAUCAAUGCUGCUUCCCAGAAGGACAAAAUCGAUUUGCGAAAAAUCAUCGAUAUUUUGACCAAACGAACCGCUACGCAGAGAAUUGCCAUCAAACAAGCCUUCAGCACCGUCUAUAAAAAGUCUCUACCAGCAACAAUAGCGGGCAUCACCAACGAUAAACUGAAGUUUUUGCUGCUGAGACUGCUCUAUUCUCCGGCCGAAUAUGCGGCGAGAACCAUCAGAUUUUCGCUAAAAUUUGACCAGGAUUGGUCCUACAUGAGUGUUCUGUGCUCCACCAAUGCUGAUCAGCUGAAAAAAAUUGUCGAUACUUACAAACGAGUUUACAAUCAGGACUUAGUUGACGAGCUCAACCAGAAAAUGAAAAUAGAUUCUGGAAAACAAUUCUUGAAGCAAAUGAUAGAGGCUCAACCCGGACGUCCUGCCAAGGGGGCAGAUCCUAGUAAAUUUGAUGGUCAAAUGGACUGUAUACCCACUAAAGGAGGUCAUUGUUCAAUUAAAAAGAACGGAGACCUGUUCAAUUUGUUGACAUUGAACAGCUUUGAGCACAUCAGUCAAUUCAUGGAGUAUUAUUACAACCACAAAGACAACCAAGCUGUCUACGAUUUGAUGAGUACAAACUGUGGCGAUGGCGAGACCAAAGAGGGCUAUUUGAAAAUACUGAGAUAUGCAUUUGACCCGGUGGCGUAUUCAGCGGUAGAACUGUACGACGGUCUGACGUCACAGCGUGACAGUCGCGAAGGAAUGGAUCGCAUCAUCAUAUCGAGGAGUGAAAUCGAUUUGUUCGACGUGCAGAAAUCUUUCUUUCUCAUCUACGACAAUGCCACUGUAGCGGCUACUAUUGACACCAUCUAUGGAACCCACGAUCCUGAUUACACAUACGCAUUGAAGAAUAUACUCAAUGGAAAUAAAGCUUAAAAAAUAAUAUUUUAUCUUACAUAAUGUGUUGUUUUGAAAUAAAAUAAAAUCAAUAAAUUUGACUUAUCCUGCUGGAAAUACUAGUUUCAGUUUUUAAGUGUGUUCUUAGUUUCACGUUUCUCGUUUUCCAAUACUUCUUUUAUUGUGUCUGCAUAGAGAAAUUAAUAAAAAUCUUCCUCUAAAAAUA